CAUGUUUAGAUGAUCGUUAAUGCAGUCGUGAUCUUUCACUCAAAUUAGACUUAAUGCCAAAGUUUAACGUUAAACGCUAUAUCCCAUAAGGAUAGAGUAAAGGAAGAUGCUAACCCGCCUUUGGGAAUAAAAAUCAUGACUAACAUUCAGUAAGCAGCCCACAAUAGAAUUUCCGCAAGUCUUAAACGAUAAACAAGAUAAUUGCAAAAGAGUUGAGCAGUUGACAAUUGACAUGAUUAGUUCUGAAACGGUGUUCGUGUUUAGAGUACUUAAAUAUCGAUCUUGGCAUGAUACCGUUACGAAUAAUCUGUGUUAUCUGUGCAUAAAAAGUUAAUGUUCCUUUUUCAAAUCUGAUUUUUAUCUGGGCGGCAUUUAUUGUUCCUUUUUCAAAUCUGACAUUAGGAACCUUCAUUGGGUUAAUAAUUAAAAAAUGAGGUUUGAAAUCCCGGAGUGCAGACGAUGUUUAUUUUGCAUGCCUUUGCGUUAUGGUGUUAUAACUUUUGGAUAUAUUAGUUUGAUUUUUUCUAUAUUUUGCAUAGCUCUGGAAAUAUUCCUAGGUAUAGAUGAUUUGGAAGGGGUUACCAGGAUAACAUACCGAGGAAAUGAUUUCCUUACACGUUCGUGGUUGGCAAUACUUCUCUACUUGGUGGAUAUUUCCUUUGUCAUAGUGCUACUAUUUGGAGCACAUAUGAAGCAAGUACGUCUGCUUACAGUAUAUUAUUAUUAUGGCAUCACCACCACGCUGGCUUCCUUUCUGAUGAUAACUGUAACAGACUUAUCUAGGGACUCAAUGUAUGUGAUAGUUGAUGUGUGCUUUAUUUUUGUGGCGCUUGUGAUUCAUAUCUACAUGUUGUUCAUGGUGCGGAGUAUGAUAAAGAAACUUCGACAAUCGAGCGGUCUGAGCUUCGUGAACCACGUGUCUGAGGUUUUAAUGGAAUCCUCUGAGGAACGAUACAGAAAUCCUUUAUAGUUUUAAGCAUAGCUUAAGUAUUCUGACAUGAUGCGUGAUAAAUUGACAUUUACAGGAAAGAGGAGAGGAAUGUUUGCCUUCACGAUUCAGUUGGUUGGUUUAAUUCGCAUUUAAUAGGAUAUAUUCGGGGAUAGUAAAUUUAGGAAGAAUAUGUUUUGAGAUGAUGGGCGUAUUACACAUAGUGUAUUAUUUACUAGAAGAUCCCAGAAGUGCCAGAAGGUUUCCAAUCCGCAACGCAAAUACGCAAUCCAGUUACCUGAGGAUUUAUGAAGAAUGCAAUUUGGAAGGAAAGGGGUAUAGCCAUGUAUCGACUGUCAUAUACGGACAAUUAGAAUACAUUUUUGAAAUGGUAAUUUAAUACGUUAUUCGAUGAAUACCUAAGUUAUAAACAAGGAUUGAAAAAUCAGCCCUAAAAAAGCUAGUUUUUCAAAUGAAUUCUUCAAAAAACAGUAAUUCUCAACUUGUAACUUUAAACAUACCCAUAACAAAUUUGAAAUAAUCCAUUGAAAAUAUUAUAAAUUUAAUUAUAAUA